CCGCCAGCCCGGGCUUGGGCUUUGCACCCGGCGGUGGCUGAGAAUCUUGGUGGCUGCGGAGCCGGCAACGCAGGCAGACGGAGCAGAGCUGCCCGGCCCGGUGGCAGGCGAUGCCCCCGUGAGCUUCUCUCGCCGCCCCGCCCCGCCCCGCGCCCCUACCCCCCGCUGAGUCCUCCGCCCGCCCGGGACCGGGCCGCGCCUACCGCCGGGUCCGCGGGGCGGGGUCCCAGGGCAGCACCUGCCCCGCCUUUCAGAGCCUCCUUGGCCACCGGAGACCCCUCCCUGUAUGGACCCCAGCCCCACCCCUGAGUCUUAUCACAUCACCUCCUCCUGGGAGCUACCCUGAUUGCCUUCACCUCCUUUCUUGAAAACUGGUGUCCCAGAAGAAGUUAACAGAAGCCUCCUGUCAAUGCCCUAGGGGAGUGCUGCUGGGAGGGGCACAGCCCCCUGUGAUGUGGAACACCACGCGCAGAGUCAUCAGUUUGAAGGGACCACCAAGAAGCUGCGCAGCAACGUCCGGAGGAGCACGGAGACAGGCAUCGCCGUGGAGAUGCGGAGUCGGGUCACGCGCCAGGGCAGCCGGGAGUCCACCGAUGGGAGCACCAACAGCAACAGCUCCGAGGGCACGUUCAUCUUCCCCACCACCCGGCUGGGGGCCGAAAGCCAGUUCAGCGAUUUCCUGGAUGGGCUGGGACCAGCCCAGAUUGUGGGGCGACAGACGCUGGCAACUCCACCAAUGGGGGAUGUGCACGUUGCCAUCAUGGACCGGAGUGGCCAGCUAGAAGUGGAAGUGAUCGAGGCUCGGGGCCUGACCCCCAAACCUGGCUCCAAAUCUCUCCCAGCCACCUAUAUCAAGGUUUACCUGCUUGAGAAUGGGGCCUGCUUGGCCAAGAAGAAGACAAAGGUGGCCAAGAAGACCUGUGACCCCCUGUACCAGCAGGCUCUGCUCUUCGACGAGGGGCCCCAGGGCAAGGUGCUGCAGGUGAUCGUCUGGGGAGACUACGGCCGCAUGGACCACAAGUGCUUCAUGGGCAUGGCCCAGAUCAUGCUGGAUGAGCUGGACCUGAGUGCCGCCGUCACCGGCUGGUACAAACUCUUCCCCACAUCCUCUGUGGCAGACUCGACCCUCGGAUCCCUCACCCGGCGCCUGUCCCAGUCCUCCCUGGAGAGUGCCACCAGCCCCUCGUGCACCUAAGGACCUCAGGAAGAGGCUGGAUGUGGUGUGGGAAGGGGUGCCUGCUGGCCCCCCUCCUCCCCUGUACAUAGUCUUCACGUCUUUCUGGCCCCUCGCCCUGCUGCAUGCCUGUUGGCUACUGGGCUCGUCCCAGCUGGCAGUGGAGAGUGUAGUGUGUGUGUGUGUAUGUGUGUGUGUGUGUGUGUGUGUCUGUGUGUCUGUGUGUGACCAUGUUAUAUCUGUUCAUUUGUCUGGGUAUAGUCUGUCUUGGUGACUACAUGGGCCAAAAUCCAUGUCCUUCUGUGUCUUGUUGAAAAGAAACCCAAAUGAGUGUUGUGUAAACACAACACCCCCUCGGUCCGGGGAUGGAAUGGUGGGGGGGUGGCCAUUGGUCCAUCCUGCCUGGUCCUGUGCCCGGGGCAGAGCCCGAGUGUCCUGCCUGUUCCUUCUCUUGGUGGUCCCUGCUGAGUUUCCUGUCUCGUUCUUUGUUCCACCUUUGCCUCUCCCAGCACUGCUACCUUUUUUGAGGAAUGUAGCAUCCACUGCAGCUGGCGAGGCCCCUCUGGGAACCCUGACCCUCCUCCUCCGGCAGCUUUGCCCGCUGAAUGCGUCUGCAGCAUGUAGCAUGCUCGGCUAGUGCCCUGGCCAGGGCCUGGGAAGCAAAGAUGCCUGGGGAGCUGAGGGCUUGGGAGAUUGCUUCCUCCCUCGGGCUGGAGCCGCCUCCUUCCUACAAGCAAAACACGGGAGGUCUUAGUUUCCGGGGUUGCUGGCCAGACACCCUAGGGGGACGUUCCGGUACCUCCCUUAGCACUCCUGUCUCCCUCCAGGCCACCGCACCUCUGACAUGCCAAAGGAGCUCUCCCAGGGGACCCCAGCAGGUGUGGACGGGAGGUGUGGCCAUCCAGGAGGCUGCCUCAGAGGGGAUGGAAUCUGCCAAAGCAGACAGCCCCUGGAGGCACCUGUGUCCUCCCCAGGCUCGGAGGGUGGCCCUGUCCCCACAGGGCCCAUCCUGGUGGGGCCUGGCCUGUGAGGAGGUGCUGAGGGUGGGGCUGUUUGCUGGGUCAAGGAGGGGAGGGCUGACUUGCCCUGAGCCACCGUUGAGAAUCCUGUCUGGGGAUUAGCUGCCUGAAGUUCAUUUGGGGCUCUCUUCUGCUCGUUUCUAGACCAGGGUGCGUCUUGGAGCUCAGACUCAUGUGGGCUCCAGCCUCCUGGCCCCACACAGCCUGACUCUGGACUCUGGUCUGCUACAGCCACAGCCACCAGCUUUGUACAAAGCAAUACUCAUGCUCGGCCUCCCUGCCUCCCUGAGCUCUCCUGCUGCCUGCUGCCUGCUGGAGAGCGGCCUGGCCUGCUCCAGGCACCUACCCGCUCUGCUUUCAUCCCACCCAUCUGGCUGGAGCUUCCCAAAGCCGCUCACACUCUGACUUGGUCUGCAGGCUGGGUCCUGAGGGUGGGACCAGUGCGUGGACUGAAGUCUGGCUCAGGAAUGCCCAAAUAUGUCUUCUCCCUCCUCAGGUCAAGGGUGAAAGGUGAGAGGUUGCCCAGGAGCCCGACAUAACAGCCCUUGGAUCCGUGUCUGGGGAGGAAAGAGUGACCAGGGGGUCACAGUAUGGGGCAGGCUCUCUCUUCCCCAGACAUGGUCCCCAAUGCCACAGUGACUCCAACCAUGUACCGGGAGGCAGUGCAGGCUCAGAGCCUGAGUGCUUGGUCUCCAUCUGUAACCGAAGCGGGCAGACAUGGAGGUGGGUUCUGAGGGAGGCGGAGGGAAGCUCUCUGGAGAUACCGCCAUCUCCGCCGAGGGGCCUCCUUUUGGGGCAGGAUCCACCUUUUCUCCCAAAACACAAGGGGAGGGAACCAGGACCCCGUCAUUCCUGCCCACAGACACAGAAUAGGUAAUACGGGCAGUAAAGAAACAAACACGAGUGCCUGGCCCCGAGCCUCCAUUCUUGUAUCGGCCUUGGUGAGUGGAAGACCACUGGUGAGUGGAAGAGAGGGAGGGGCAGCUGGGUCCCACUUUCUCUUUCUGCAGAAAUUCUCUCCCACUGUCAGGACUGGGUGAUGCCUGCAUUUCUCAUGUUUCUACAGUGAAACAAAGGGCUCUGAGCUCUUUGAUCUGAGCGUGGGGAGCGGGAGGACCGCGCUCACGGAGGUACUUUAUGUCCUGUCUGUGAUGUGCUCCCCUUGAGAGAGGUCACCCUCAGGAUGGUGGUGGGCUUAUGGGCGAAAGUGUAGACAUCUGCUGACGUGGCACCGAAUGGCGAUCCUUAGACCAUGCAGCCACCCCCAGGGAAGGGGGGACAUCACCCUCAUUCCUCAAAGGGCCCAGAAAGACGUGAGAGAAGGUGGGAGCUGCCAGCAGAGAGGCUGCCGCUGGGUAGCUGGAGGCCGGUGCCCCUGGCCUGGGGGGCAGGUGGGUUAGCACAGGGGAGGUGCCAGCCAGAGGUGGGGCCUGAUGUGUUGGUAAUGGCUGAACUGCCUGCAAUCCCCAGCUGCCAAAGCUGCCCAGGGGUUGGCCCACUCCACAGCUCCCUCUCUAAUGGGCAGUGAUCCCCCCGCCCCCACCCCGUGUUGACCUUGGGAUGAUUCUUUUUAACCCUUUGUACCAAAUAAGUGACUAAUCCCCACCUAGAGUUGCCCCCAGGAGGGUGGAGUCGUGUGAGGCUGAUGUGUGUGUUGGUGACCAGCUGGAUGUCGGGGUCUGUUUCUCAGCACCCUGGGUGCAGGGGCCUGUCCGAGAAGCAGCUCUAUUAGCCCGUCGCAGGAGCGGAGGGAGCUCAAGUGUGACUCUGGGCUGUCCCUGGCGGGGAGCGUCUGUUCUUUCAGAGGGGAUGGUGGGGGAGGAAGGAACAAGAUCCCCCAGAGUUCUCCCCAACCUGGGACCAACUCACUGCCAGGGACAGUAUCCUGGCCCCAAACCCCCCUCCCCCCCCUUAGCCCAGGUGAAGCCCGGAGCUGAUCUCAGAUGGCCUCUGUCACUCCAUCUCCCCUGCUCAGGCAGGAUCGUGGGGGACGUGGCGGAGAGAGAAAGGCCCUGCAGCGAUGCUGGGCUAUGGGCAGGAACCAUGAUGAAUGACUCAGAGCGCUGUCUUCACAUUUCUGCUCUGCUGACUCCGUCCCACUCCCUUCAGAGAUGGCUUCCCUACAGGGAGUCUGUGAUGGGCCUUCGGGAUGAAUCAGGCUCCACGAAUGCGCCACGUCAUGGUUUGGCCAGGGGGAUGUGACCCUGCAGGAAAGACCUGUCUCCAGAAUGACUCCCCGUCCAGGCAGUUCCACCACCAGCUCUCCUAGGAAAGGCACCCUUGGGAGGCCGCCGUGUGCAGCAAGCCCCAGGCGUGGCCAGGACUGCCCAAGGCAGAACCUAGGAGCUCCAGAGAGAGCCGCUCAUCACUCGUGGGAUCACUGCCCAUUGUGGCACUGAGGUCAAGCCAGUCCUCAGCCCGUUGUGGCACUGAGGUCAAGCCUGCCCCAGCUCUUCUUCACUGCCAGCCUUGAGGAGAGCAGAGCACCCCCUUUUAAAGACAAUAGAACCCUCCAAGAGAACUUCUUUGGAAAUGAAAUGUAGCACAAUCUUAGACUGCGUUACGAGGAGCCCUGACACCCAACCAGGGUUCUUGCUCUUCACCUUGCUGCCCGGGAGACCCGUGCUCCUCCCCUGGGGCUCCGGAGCUCCUAAUACCUCUGAUCCCCCGUCUCCCUCGGCCCAGAAAGCAGCACGGCUUCGGUGAGGCUGCUGUUCUAUUUCUCUGAUUGCUCCCUGCACUGUGCAAACUCUGCAAGAAAUUGCUGCCUUUGCUUGACAUUGUAAUGAGUUGUCCGCCACCUGAGGGGAGGGAGAUGGCGUGUUAUUCAGAGCCAAGGGGUGGUCCUGCAGUGGCUGCAAGGAGGUGGGUAAGAAGAGGCCCACUGCCCUGCUGACCCCUCCCCUUCUCACCCCCUCCUCUGCAUCCUCUUCUCCAAUAUCCUGACACGUAAAGAGGGUCUUUAAAAUGCUGCUUCCUGUACUGCGUUAUCUUUCACUGGAUGAUCAGGGAGGAGAUUGGAAUGCGGACUCAUUGUCCCCUGCCUUCUCCCUCAAGUCUGCUUUCACUCAGGUCAGAAGAGAUUGGGGCAAAACAAAACAAUCAUGAUUGAGGGGCAGGGGAGCCCUGCCCCAUCAGGUGAGGCCUGAUCGGGGCUGCAUGGACCUGGUCUGGCUGGGAAAGGGUUAUUUGAAAGAGUGCCUGAGCAUCUCAGAGCAAUGUCAGUGAUGCCAAAGAGAGCAACUUGGCCUCCUUGGGCACCAGCUCUGUGUUGGUCUGCCUGACGGUGGGACCUUGUUCUCUGACAAAAGGGCUUAAUCUUUCCAUGUAGCAAAGCAACUCCCCCACCCCCACCCCCACCCCUAGCUUGGGCUUUUGUGGGCCCAGCGCGGCUGUGCCUGUGAGGGAAACCACAGCAGAGAGAGAAAUUGCAUUCUCUCAGGGGCCUAGACUGCUCAUUGAGACGCGUAAGUGCUUUGGUAAAACCUUCCAGCGCUCUCUCUGGUGGGAAGCUUGGCCAGUAAGGACAGGGGCCUUGGGCCUAACAAGGAGUUCGCCCCAAUGCCAGGAAGGACCUGUGGGACUGGGCUCCAGAGAGCUGGGCUAACAAAUGAGCCCUGGGAACUCCAGGGGCAACAGAGCAUCGACCCCAUCGGCCAACGGCCUGGACAGCUGGCUACAGAGCACCAAAGGCUGUCAGAGAAAGUUUGCCAGAAACCGCGACCAUGCGCAAGACUUCUCACUCUUCUGGGCCUCAGCUUUCUCAUCUGCAAAAUCAGAGCAUUUGCUCGUUGCUGCACGGUUCCCUCCAGGUUGUGAAAGUCUGAUCUGGAGCUGAUGAGGGUCGAGCCUGGUGCACCUGGUUCCACAGACUGGUUUCUUCCAGCCGUGGGUACCCAAGCCGGGUGCAGGUUCUCAUCCGUCCACACCCAGAUGCUGCUUCUGACUAGAACUCUGGGAACCCUAACAGACUGCUCCCACCUCUUUGUGCUUCAUUCCUUCUUAUUCUUGUGUCACGAUGAGAAAUGAUUAAGAGGUGUCUACAACGGACAAUUUUCAAGGUGCUGAUGUGAUGUUACAACCUCAGCUGCAUCCUGUGUAGGUUAGUGUCCCCACCAGCAGUUGGUCCUCAUUGCUGCUUCUAGAAUGACAUCGGUGGGAGAGUCGAACAUGGGAGAAUUUUAAAGGAAAUGCUCUCUGAUGGGAGGAGAGAGGGAGCUGCCUGUCCAAGUAUUUUGCUUCUUAAAACCACGCCUCUCUCCAGAAUGUCUUUUACCAGGCGACAUCUCCGCAGGCUGAGUGGCUGCUUUCUUGGGAAAAGAUGGCCUGAUUGUUCUAUCUGCUCCUUUAGAAUGUAAAUUCAUAGGAGGAAGGAACCCUUUUUCUAGACUAUCCAAAUGCAUCCUGCGAAGAGAGAGAUAGCUGAUAGGGACUGACAAGCACACUGUUUAGAUAAGAAGCAAUUCGCCUUUUAUAUCUGUGCUCCUAUACAUUUUCUAUGUGCAGCAUCUUUCCAAACUGUCUGUGGCUCCCGGGUGGCAGGUGGACAGCUGGGAAGGACUUGCCAGCCGUUCGUACAACGUUCUUGCCAAUUCCCUUGAGAAAAUUCUUCACAUGGCUUCUGCAUGUACAGUAUUUGGGCAGCAAAAAAAAAAAAAAAAAAAAAUGAUUAAAGUUGGUUUAAAACUGGUUUCAUGUGUUGCUUUU